CUUACUUCCUGUGUCAUUAACGCUUGAUUGGGAGUAGGAGAUGAGCGUCACGUAGUGUAGGCUACACUUGUCCUAUCUCAUUGCAACCAAAGUCAAACAAGUCAUGAUGAACAGAUAAAGCACCUGUCGGCUUACUCUCUACACCCACUUAACCGAUCGCAUUCUGCCAGUAUUCAUUGGACACCAUAACAAAGGUGAAACAACAAUAUAUCAAAAUAUGGAAGGUGAAAUAUUCCAAGAGGUGAAAGAAGAAAACUUUGCAAAAGUUCUUGAAGUGCUGAAACAAGAUUGGCCUAAACAUUUCAUGUUGUAUCAGACUAUUAAAGUUUUUGAGGAGUACAAGAAGGCUGGUACAGAAUGGAAACACAAUCUUUAUGUGUAUGGGGACUUGGAAACAGGCGUUUAUUUACAACGAAUCUCUGCAGAGUAUCCAAACAGAAAUAUAAAUUUGCUUUAUGUCUACACUACAAACCCUGAUCUGACCGAGUUGAAGAAAGGUUUAAUGGAGACAACAAUAAUUCCAUGGCACACACAUGAAUAUAUGUUUGAAAUGACACCAAAUAGUGAGCUCGAUGUGAUACAAGAAGUCCUUACAACCAAGAAUGUAACAUGUGAUGCCAGAACAAACACAUUGUUUAUAUAUCCUCCCGAAAAGGAUUUACAAAUGAACCCACUGCCAGAAGAUGUCUAUGUAGACAAGCUAGAUGUGUCCCAUGCAGCGGAAGUGAACAGAAAUUGGCCUCACAGACAUACGGGCUCAGAGCUGAUGCUUACAGAACAUAUACUGAGGAACUUCGGAAUAGGUCUGUUUAGAAGAAGCGAUAAGAAAUUACUGAGUUCUGCACUUAGCAAACACACAGGAGGAUUGUUUGUGAUGUACACAGAACCUGAGUUCCGGGGCAAAGGUUACGCUGUUAUUGUGGUCCAACACAUGAUACAAGAGUGCAGGAAACGUGGCAGGUUACCCUUCUGUACUGUGCUACUAAACAACAAGGCUUCUCAAAAUAUGUUUAUAAAAGCUGGCUUUGAGCCAUAUACUCUAGCUGAGUACAUUUAUCCAUCAAACUACUUUUGUUGAAAUUAGCAAUACUGUGUAUAGUAUUGAAAAUGAAUUUGUGAGAAAACAUUUUAAAUUUGUAGCUUCUUAUUCGAAUGACUAUUGCAACUGAACAACAUUUGUAAAUAAAUUCACGUAUCUCAGCUAAGUUUGUUAGCCAGCUCAGUACGCAAUUUCAUUCCAAUAUGUUGACCAUUUAAACUUUAACCCUGGACAAGCUUGGACUUCUCAAGGUUACCUGACCGACCACAUUGUUACAAUGCCUGGAAUGCGUCUCUGAUACCACCAGUCAGACAUCGAACUGCCCUUCAUGACAAGAAACCUUAAACAAUGGGAGCACGACUUUACAAUCAGCUCCCAGCUUCCUUCAAACAACUGACUGGAAAGGCAAUGAAGAGAAACUCGAUUUGUAGUUAUUGGAACAUCCUAUCUACACUGUUCAAGAAUUUACUGAAGAGAUCAGCCAGACUUUACAUUAAAACUCCAUCAAUUUACUAUGUAUCAUAUGUAUAUUCUGAUCUAUAACUGUUCUCAAUGUUCAUGUUAAUAAAGAGAUUCUGAUUCUGAAAA